GUAUCUAAGAUUCGAUUUAAACAAAUAUUAGAUAUUACAAAAUAUAGUAAUGAUACAAUUUCUGAUUAUACUAAAAUUUUUCGCGAACUAGCGAUAAAAUCAUUAAAUAGAGAAGAUGAGAUGUUAGGAGAAGAAGGAAUUACUGAAAGAAGAGGAAUUAAGAAAUGUUAUUUUGAAGUUGUUAAAAAUCGUAAUUACUUCACACUUUUUAAUUUUAUAAAAAAACAUAUAAAGCCUGGUUCUACA